UCAAGGAGCGAAUCCGGAUUUUAUUGUAUUAGUCAUCUUUUAGAUUUGUUUUGCAAUACUUUGAUAUCAUAUAAAUCCAACCUUAUAUUGGCCUGUCGUUAUCCAUUAUAAUACUAUGAAUUUCUUCAGGAAAGAGCCAACUGUUAAAGAACAGCAGAGGCAGAAUGACCGGGAACUGCGCAAAGCUACCAGAGAGCUUGAUAGGGAUAAGGCCACGCUAGAGAGAGAAGAAAAGAAACUGGAAAUGGAAAUAAAAAAAAUGGCAAAAGAAGGAAACAAUGAAGGUUGUAAAAUAUUAGCAAAGCAGUUGGUUCAGCUGCGGAAACAGAAGACGAGAAUAUAUGCAGCAAAUAGCAAGAUUUCCAAUGUCCAAAUGAAUAACAAGACCAUGGGUGCCAAUAUAGCCAUAGCUGGGGCCAUGGGUACCACAGCAAAGACCAUGGGCAGCAUAAAUAAGGUCAUGAACCCUCACCAGAUUGCGAAGGACAUGGAAGCAUUUAAACAGGCCAAUGCUAGGCUUGAUAUGACCGACGAAAUGAUCAAUGACACACUGGACGACAUAAUGGAUGAGUCCGGAGACGAAGAGGAGACUGAGGGCGUUGUCAACAAGGUCCUUGACGAAAUAGGCAUCGAGAUCAGUGGAAAGAUGGCAAACGCCCCAUCGGUGAACCGCGGCAAGCUAGGCGAGACCACAGCCGACAAAGACAUUAUGGCGCAACUCGCCAAACUCAAGUCCUAGGGCCCAUUCAAGGAGAUUUUUCUACUUCACUUCACGAUUCAUCUGCCUCUUGUUUAUCAGAUUAUCGUUCUCAACGGGAACGCUAAGGGCUCAUUUAGACGAUGCGAGAAAUCGCAUGCGAGUUUUACAUUGCGAUUUUUGAUCGUUCGGUUGAAUUGGACGUAACCAACAGACCGCAUUGUAACUAAAAUUGCAUGCGAGUACGCGCGCCGUCUAAAUCAGCCCUAACGCAGACUUCGGAAAUCGAAGCUUCGUCAAUUUGUAGUUUUUGCAUGUUUGGGCGACAAAGAAACAAAUAGAUAAGCUUUGGAUUUCGAUGUCGGGGUUAUAGUCCUGCAGUAUGCGGCCUAAUUUAUGUUGAUCAAUGAAAUUCUGAAUUUAAGUACGUGGCGAAAAUUUUUAAUUCAAACAACGGUGACAUAACGUACGCCAACUGAGAGGUUACUGUUUCACUGGAUUUUCGUUUCGUUGGUGUUUUUCAGUAACAAAAAUAAAAAAUUGAAAUACCGUUUGGCUUCGCUUAUGAAACCCGGGAAACAAGAAUCUAAGUGUAUUGGAAACUAAUAUUUAAGCCGAAGCCGAACAAUAGAUUAAUCAAACAUAUUCAAUUUUAGCCUGGUUAAUGGUUAAAGGCAAAUUAUAUUUAUAUAACCUACUGUAAGAUAAAAAAAACUCAUUAUAAUUUAUCUCACAUAUGUUAGUGAAAUUAGCUUAUUAUUUACUUACUUUUCCAUCCAUUGGUUAAUUUAAAUAUUGUAAAUACUUAAUGUACCUACAAAUGUAAAAAUAAUCUGUGAUAUUUUUGUAUUACAUGGUACUUACACGAACA